GUCUGUAACAAAAAUAAAAAAUAGAAUCACUUUAGCCAAUUUGAUGAAGUUCGGUCCAUUGGGAUUGAAGGAUCUUCUGUAGGUUUUUUCAUGUGUUGCGAUACAACGUAUGAACAAUUGCAAUCAAAUUCAAGAAUUUCUCGGUUCCUGUGCACAGAUAAUUCUAUUAUAAUAUAUUAAUAAUGUGUACAUAUUUAAUUUCUAUUCCCUACUUACAGACUUACAUGUGACAUUGUUGGAUUUGUUACUAUUUAAGUACCUCAUAUUCUCCUCAUCUUUCCGUAUCAUCAUCAUCAUCAUCAUCAUCAUCUUCAGCUCUAUUGCAGAACAAAAAUGGCGAAAUUAGGGUUUCUAUUGCUAAUCCUUCUAUAUGUUCUCCUACCUUAUGUCCAUGCUUUUACUGCUUCAGGCUGGACCAGUGCUCAUGCCACCUUCUAUGGUGGCAGUGAUGCUUCUGGAACAAUGGGGGGUGCUUGUGGAUAUGGUAAUUUGUACUCUACGGGUUAUGGUACAAGAACUGCUGCACUAAGUACUGCUCUCUUCAACGACGGCGCCGCCUGCGGCCAAUGCUACAAACUCAUAUGCGAUUACAAGGCGGACCCACGGUGGUGCAUCAAAGGAACGUCGGUAACAAUCACCGCCACAAACUUCUGCCCACCAAAUUUCGCUCAGCCGAGUGACGACGGAGGAUGGUGCAACCCGCCGCGAGAGCAUUUCGACAUGGCACAACCUGCCUGGGAGAAAAUCGGAAUCUACAGAGGCGGAAUCGUCCCAAUUAUCUACCAAAGAGUUCCCUGUAAGAAACACGGCGGAGUUAGGUUCACCGUCAAUGGCAGAGACUACUUCGAGCUUGUUCUGAUAAGCAACAUCGGCGCCGCUGGAUCGAUUCAGUCGGUGAAAGUGAAGGGAUCGAAAACGGGAUGGAUGGCGAUGUCGAGAAAUUGGGGAGCUAAUUGGCAAUCGAAUUCCUACUUGAAUGGUCAAUCGAUGUCGUUCAUGGUGACGACCACCGACGGUGUGACGAAAACGUUUUCCGAUAUUGUUCCGGCGAAUUGGGGAUUCGGUCAGACGUUCUCGAGCCCGGUCCAGUUCUAAAGUGAACCGGGUUUAGGGUUUAAUGAAGGGCAGCGGCAUGCUUACUGUUUUUGUGGAAGCAAGCAGCCCGCCGGUCGGGUUUUUCUAUUGUUUUAUUAAAUAUUUGAUGCGAGUUUUAUAAUUAGUGUGAAAAAAUAUUUUUUAUUGCUUUUACAUCAUAAUGGAUAAGAACGAGAUAACAUUUUGAUAUAUUUUUUAUUAUAUGUUUUGUGUGAAAAAUGAAAAUGGUUAUGAAAUAAUUGAUGCAAGGCUUUAAGGCUAUCAC